AUGCAGAUUUAUUCAUACAACGAAUCACACGUGUUCACUGUUUCAACAGCGGUACAAAAUGAGAGGCAGCCUCGCAACACAGCUACUAUACGACCGGAGACGCUUCGAGACAUGGACCAGGAGAGAGCGUUGAGAGAGGCCGCAGUCGCUGUUGGUGUUUUUGGACCCCCAGUGUCCCUGGCGAUGGCACUUUCGCCCGCGCGCUACCCGCUGUUGUCGCCGCACUACGCGCCGCUGCCGCCGCCUCAAGCGACGCAACCGCCGCUACCCGACUCGUCGCACGACAACGACGACAACAACCCACACACUGAUAGCGAUGACGACAGCAUCGAUGUCACCAACGAAGAGGAUUCCACGUCGUAUUCUCCACCAGCAAUAGCAAGCUACCCUCAAAACUGUCCACCAUAUAGACCUUUGGGAGUAGAAAGUUCCGCAGAGACAGCAGCUCGAUUGCUGUUCAUGGCCGUCAAAUGGGCGAAAAACCUGCCUUCCUUUGCUAGCCUAGCCUUCAGAGAUCAAGUGAUACUGCUCGAAGAGGCGUGGUCGGAGUUGUUUCUGUUGAAUGCGAUACAAUGGUGCCUGCCUUUAGACGCCGCUUGUACCGCUUUAUUCGGCAGCGAACAGACUGAUCAAGAAAAUGGCGUGAACUCGGCGACCUUGCGUCGGCUUCGUGAAGUGUUAGCUAGAUACAGAGCCGUGCUCGUCGACCCUGCGGAGUUCGCCUGUAUGAAAGCGAUCGUACUUUUUAAGUCAGAGACCCGUGGUUUAAAAGACCCGUUACAGAUCGAAAACCUCCAAGACCAGGCGCAAGUGAUGUUGAUGACUCACGCCAGGACCGCUCACGGAGCUGCCCCAGCGAGGUUCGGGAGGUUGUUGUUGUUGCUGCCUCUGUUACGUCUGGUCACCCCACAAAAUUUGGAGCGUGAGUUUUUUGCGAAAACCAUAGGACAGACGCCGAUGGAGAAAGUUUUGGCUGAUAUGUACAAAAAUUAA